GCCUGCUUAUCUAUUCGAUCGGUACAACUGCGACCAACACUGAACAUGGAGGACUAUGACGUUCGCUCAGCCGCCAGCAUCCUGGCCUCAGUGAAAGAACAGGAGGCACGUUUUGAGCAGCUGACCCGAGCCCUCGAGGAGGAGCGUCGCAACGUCACCCUGCAGCUAGAGCGCGCCAACAUGCCUCCCAACGCCACCACCAGCCAACCGCUAGCAUGGCAGCAGGUGGUGAUGCAGGAGCAGAGCCCCAGUAACGCCACAUCCCUGGCCAUGAUGCAGGAGCCGCAGGAGGUGGUGGAGGAGACGGUCACCAUAGAGGAGGACCCUGGCACCCCCACCUCCCACGUCUCAGUGGUCACCUCUGACGAUGGCACCACACGGCGCACAGAAACCAAGGAUAUGUCAGCUAACUUGAAGGUGACUAAGAUGGUGAAGACGGUGACCACACGGACAGUGCGUCAGGUGCCCCUUGGUCCAGACGGCUUGCCCCUCCCUGAGGGCUCGUCUCCACUGGGCAGCUACACCGACUCCAUCGACAGGCGCUACAUGAAGAAUGGAGGCGACCGCUUCAUCACGCCUCAAGCAACCUCCACCCUGACGCGCUCCUACAACAACUCCUACAAUGAUUCAUAUGGCGAGGCACCUGAGAGCCAGUACGUUCGCCAUUAUGGCCUGCAUGAUGGCUACGCCGAUCUGACGGACAACUACGGCAGCCUGUCACGUGGCAUCAACUUCCGGCCGCCUCGCUACCCCUACAUGCCCAACAGCUACCGGCCAGAGAACAGCUACACGCUUCCUAUUCGUAAGGAUGACUAUGGCCAUGUUGCCCAGCCCCAAGUUCCUAUGGGUAGCAGCACUGUGGAUUUGAACCGCUCCCAGCCCGAGCGCUUCCAGGCCGAGCCGUACGGCCUGGAGGACGAUCGUCGCAGCUUGGGCCCUGAAGAGGAGGAGCCAUAUGAGCUGGAGCCCGACUACUCCACUGCCAACCGACGCACGCUGCAGGGGGCCAACCGGGGUCGCACCCACCGGGAACCUCUCCGUGAUGGGCCCAGAGUCAGAGGGUACCCAGAUGACCCCAUCGAGACAGAGCUGAUCGAUGAGCGCCACCCUUAUAUCCAUGGCAUGUAUUCAGCACCACUGGCCCAGCCAGAGAGGGGGAGCAUGGCCAGUCUGGACCGCAUGGUUGGCCGGCGUUCACCCUCCAUCGACAGCAUCCGCAAGGACCCGCGCUGGCGUGACCCAGACCUCCCCGAGGUCAUCGCCAUGCUUGGCCACCCCAUCGACCCAGUCAAAUCCAAUGCCGCUGCCUACCUGCAGCACCUGUGUUAUGAAAACGACAAGAUUAAAAAAGACGUGCGUCAGCUGAAGGGGAUCCCUGUUCUUGUGGGGCUUCUGGACCACCCCAAAUCUGAAGUCCACCGCAAAGCAUGCGGUGCCCUGCGCAACAUCUCCUACGGCAAGGACAAUGACAACAAGGUGGCCAUCAAGAACUGCGACGGCAUCCCGGCUCUCGUCCGCCUGCUGAGGAAGACCAAUGACAUGGAGGUUCGAGAGCUCAUCACCGGAACCCUGUGGAAUCUGUCGUCCUAUGAACCCCUGAAGAUGGUGAUCAUCAACCACGGCCUGCAGACUGUGACCAACGAGGUCAUUAUUCCCCACUCAGGGUGGGAGCACGAGCCCAACGAGGACUCGAAGCCGCGCGAUGCAGAGUGGACCACCGUCUUCAAGAACACCUCCGGCUGCCUCAGAAAUGUCAGCUCAGAUGGAGCAGAGGCUCGGCGCAGACUGAGAGAAUGUGACGGAUUGGUGGACGCCCUGCUGCACGCUCUCCAAUCAGCUGUAGGGAAGAAGGACAUGGACAAUAAGUCCGUGGAGAACUGUGUUUGUAUUAUGAGGAACCUGUCCUACCAUGUCCACAAAGAGGUGCCAGGCGCUGAACAGUUCCAGGACCCAUCAGCACCGCAGGCCCCCGGCUCAGCGGGACCGCAGAGGAAGAAGAAGGAUGAUGCAGGCUGCUUUGGAGGCAAGAAGGCCAAAGAGGAAUGGUUUAAUCAAGGUAAAAAGAAUGGUGAGAACGACAAAAACUACGACACGUUGGAUCUGCCGAAGCGCACAGAGCCGUCAAAAGGUUUUGAGCUGCUGUAUCAGCCGGAAGUGGUGAGGCUGUACCUGUCUCUGCUCACGGAGAGCCAGAACUACAACACCUUGGAGGCCGCUGCCGGGGCUCUGCAAAAUCUCAGCGCUGGACAGUGGACUUGGUCCAACUACAUCCGAGCCACGGUGCGUAAGGAGAAGGGUCUUCCCAUCCUGGUGGAGCUGCUGCGCUCUGACUCGGAUAAGGUGGUCCGAGCUGUGGCCAUCGCCCUGCGCAACCUGUCCAUCGACCGCCGCAACAAGGACCUGAUCGGAAGCUAUGCCAUGCGGGACUUGGUGAGCAACCUGCCCAGUGGUCAGCAGCGACCAGCUAAGAACCUGGAGGAGGACACUGUGGUCGCCAUCCUCAACACCAUCCACGAGAUCGUCACCGACAGCUCGGAAAACGCCCGCUCCCUCAUCCAGGCCCAGGCCAUAGAGAAGCUGGUGGCCAUCAACAGGACCAGCCAAUCGGCUCGUGAAACAAAGGCGGCAUCCCAUGUGCUGCAGACCGUGUGGAGUUAUAAGGAGCUGAGAAACGCUUUGACUAAGGACGGCUGGAACAAGAGCCACUUCCAGCCCACAGUGACAACCACUCCUAAAGCAAUCAAGAACGGCAAACCAGGAUAUGACGACACCACUCUACCCCUGAUGGAGAAGAACCAAGGCACCAGGAAAUGUGGCAGUGGUGAUAUGAUACCUAUGGAUGAGCUGGGUCCAGAUGGCUACUCCACCAUUGACCAGAGGGACAAGGACUGCAAAUACAAGGCAGUUGACAGCUCAGUGGACCUGACAGAACAGGAGCCAUUAAAGAAUGACACAAAUAGGAAACACUAUAUCAGGAGUAACAGGCCUGCGGUCAGUCUGGUGGACGCUUGUGAUGUUAAGCCCCAGCCUGUUGACUCCUGGGUCUAAAUGCAUGCAUGGCUUAAAAUGAGAAUGGAGCGACACCCCCAUCUCGAGGAGGAUCUCUCAUAUCACCACUGCCAUUUCACAUGGAGCUUACCUUUGAAGUUGGACUUUGUACAGAAAAGAGGAUUCGAAAAAAAAAAAAAAAUAAUGAUCACAACAGCGACUACCCAGCAGCAGCCAGCAUUCUCAUGCUUUUCAGAGAACAUUUUUAAAAGAAGAAAAAGUGACUACUCCUACUACUUUCUCAUAUCUACAUUCCCACUGGGUAUCGUGUGAACUUUUACAGUGUUGACUCUCGCUGAGCUUUACUGGUGAACAGAAACAGACAGAGGCCGGUGCUGGAGGACUGGAAAUGUAGCAGGUCGACGACGUGAAAUGAAGGAAAUGAAUUGUGAAACAAAUGAUGAGAUGGACGGAGGUCUGUAGGAGAAGAGAUGGAAAAAGGAUGUUUUUAAUUUCAGUUUUCACAUCUGAGAAGAUUGUGUCCUGAAUUUUGUGGGUUUUGAAGAAUAAUCAGUUUGUUAUGGAGCAUUGGUAUUUGGAUGUGAGACAGGUUUGGAUUGGUGUGUUUGAAGGUCACUGAAUGUUUGUUUUCAGAACGGUGGGAUGGACACGAGAGAGGAAAAGGAAAAUGAGAGAGAGAGCCUGAAAAGAGAUGUAGCAUAGUGGAUAAACAUGUGCUCCCAGCAGCCUGCUCUCAUAGAUUUACAAUCCAUUUGGUUCACUGUGUUUUUUCAAAAAACAAAAAAGAGAAAAAAAAUGCGCUGAGAGGCUUUGAAAUCAAACAUGGUUAACAUGUGAUUGAUUUUAUAAAAUGAAGAGUCUGAGGAGAAGUUGCGGUUUGGAGAAAGGAAAGUGACAAUGUGUGUUCAACUGACGGAGAAACAGUUUUUGUUAACACUGCAAACAUGAGCUAAAAUGGAGAGACCUUCUGUUUCAUUGUGGUCAACAUGUAUGAGCCAGUGACAUGUUGACCUUCACUCACAGAGCUGCGGUUACUUGUGUAACCGCUCACGUCCUGAAGCAACGUGGUACGUGGAGUUUCCUGGUCACUUGCUCUUUGUCAAUGAUGUGUAUUAAAGAGGAUAUAAGGCAUUUUUGUUUAUAAAUGAUUUGUGUUUUUGAAAAGAGAGACAGAGGAUUGUUCUCUUGUUGAAAGGAUAGAGCGAAAAGAUUCUUUUUUGGUUGGUUUUAUGUAAAUGUAUAUUAGGGUCAAAACAAAAAAAAUGGUAAAAUGAAGAAAAAAAAACAAACAAAAAAUGGUGGACUUCUUAGUUGUAUGUUAAUAUCACAUUGUUUGGAAAGCACAUCUCAUUUGAUAAAGGCUCACCAUGUUUGUAAGCAAGAAAUAACCACGUAACUUAAAUGUGUGUCAAAUAUUGUCGAGUUACGCCGACGAUCACCUAUUUAUAUUUUGUAUUUGUCAAAAAAAAAAGGUUACAGAGAAAAUAAGUUUAACUGCAGUGUUCUUUCUAAAGGCGAAUACAUAUGUCAAAGCAGACGCUAUGGAGGGGUCAGACAGGAAAUAAGACAAGACAAGAGGUGGCAGUGUUAAGAAAAGUCCCUUCAUUUUUCUUUCCGAUGCAUUCAGACCAAGUUACCACCGGCCCUCAAUCCUUCUUCACACGUGCAUCUUAAAGAGAAAUAUUCAGUCGUGAGCAUGAAGAAAAUCUGUACAGAUGUUUAUAUUAUGUUCUUUCCAAGUGCCAGUUUUUUUGUGGUGUCAUUUGGAUAUUAACUAAUUCAUUCGUGUGCAGGAAGAGAGUACAGACGAACGAGUGGAUCUGGAUUUUCUGGGCAAAAUUUAAAAAAAAAGGUUGCAUCACACUGUAUAAAUUAAAACGUCGAGUUUGGUCAUAAAGUAUAUAUUUUUACAACGCUAUAGGGUGAGCAGUGGAGAUGCAGAAAAGCAGAGAUAUACAGAAACGUAUUGCCAUUUUUUUCUCUCGCUUGAUGAGGCUGCACUCGAACUCCAGUGGUUACGUGUACGCUCUCGUCUCCAGCUUGAACAGGAGACAGAAAAACAAGAGUCCAAUCCAAGUUGGUAUCACUCAUGCGUCAUCGAGUUGAACGGCAUGUGCCUGCAUUGAAGUCUGAUUUUUCUUUGUGACGUAUGUGACUUUAUAAAGCUUGCAUAUUUUACACAGUGUUUACAAAGAUGUACGUUGUGGUAAAUAUCAAUAAACUACAAAAAAAAACUUACUGUUUAGAUUUUAAUUUCAGAGGUUACAAAUAGUUAUGAUACCCAGCGACCCUUUCGUGUGUCCUCAGAAGUGUGUGCUCUCAUUGGACAAUACUGAACCCUCACAACAUUAUAGACCCACAUGACUGUCUAUUCCUGACUGCACUAAGCGGUACCACAACCAAAGGAUCCGGAGGUGUAUUUGCAUGCAUUCAAAAUAGAAAUUAAAAAAAUGUGGUUUUGUGGAUGUGCAGCACAUUGUACAUUUGCAAAAUUAAAAAUCUAGGCAACUGUGCUGUAAAAUAAAAGCUGGACACGGACACCCAUGGAAUCAAAGAAAUCUACCUGUGUAGAUACCUGAUUCAAGAUCGAUCAAAACAAAGUAACUGUACUACUCAGUAGCAGAUGUGUUUGUACCUAUCAUGUGCCUUAACCUUUUCCAUGGUAUAUAAAGAUAAGUGUGUUUUAUAUAACUUUUUUCCCCCUCUCAGCUUUCAUCUCUCCAUCACCUCUCCCCCUUUCUCCACCUGUGUCAACCCCCCUCCCCCCUUUUCCCCCCACUCAACUGAACUCACUCAUUCAUCGUUUGUCCUGCCACCCCCCCACCCCCCUCCCCCAAAUUCUGAGUAGUUUAGACUGUUGGUGGGUUUCUGCCUUGUAUGACAUUGUAUUAUAAACUUUUAAAAGAGAUAGAGUCAUUAAAAAAAAUGGUUUUGAUUUCCUAGAGGAGUGAAGUUGUUAAUGCUUUGGUAGCGAUCAGAAGCUAUGCCACAGUGACAGAAUGUAUUAUGUUCAUUUUACUAAUACCCAGAGGCAAAUAUUACGCUUGUUAAACAUAACGGAAAAAUACUGGUUUGUAGAGUAUAAAUUUGGUGUGUUUUCAAUAAAUCAU